AUGCCUCCUCCUGCACUGACAGGGGAUCCUGGCACAGCCCCACCUGCUGCCGGGCUUCCCGUCCUGAUCCAGGCUGCAGAACUGGCCAUCCGGGGCUGGAUCAAGGCUGGGGUCAGGGAAGGGCCCAUCAAGCAGGGGGUCUCCUUCCCGCCCUUGCCCCAGCCCUGCUGCCCCUUACAAGCCGUCUCUUCCUCCUUUGGGCUAGGUCACACAGCACUUCAGCGGCCCCAGGACUUCCAGCUGGGGGCUGCUGUCUCACCUGCAUCGCCCCGGGUGGUGCUUGUGGUGGUGGAUGCUGCCCGGGGGGAGCGCUCGCAGCUGCUGUUUUGGGGGUGGUACCCCAACAUCAGGGGAUCCCGGGGGAGCUCUGUCCCAUCUGGCAUGAGAAGCAGCAACUGGACGUGCUCUGGGCACUCUGGCAUUGCCAGAAACCACUUUCUCCCCCUCCCUCCUGUACAGGCUCAAGCAUCCCUGGUGGCAAGGACACCUCAAACAAGGCUGAGCAGCACGGACAAAGGGACCAUUCUCACCAGUCUGUGGACCCCGUCCCCUGAGAGACACCAGUGGGAGCCCUGGAGAAGGCCCCUCUCCAAGCCUGAGGUAAGCACCUGGGCAAGCCCUGGCUCCAGCUUCACCCAAAGACCCCAAUGCCAACCCCCCUGGCUUGGUCUCCUCUAAAUCCCUCUCCCGGUGGGAUUGCAUGCACUCCCAGCUGAGAUGGGGAAAACAGGGGUGCUGCGCACGAGGUGGAUGGGGGCCCAUCCCAGCUAUGGCCCUCUGGGGUCUCCAAACAGCCCCAGCUUCUGUGCCCCUGCGCUUUCCUGGUGUGGUAUAAAAAAAGCAAAGGCCUUAAACUUUGAUCAAAAAAAGGUGGUAAAGAUAAAACAAAAGGCAUUGUGUAAAAGUGUGGGCUAGGAAAAGAGGAAGAAUGUCUGGCUUUGUGGUAAUCAGCGGUUACUGAGACAGCAAGAAAGGAGUGUUUUGUAAUAAAGAAAUGAAAAUAAUGUUUUUGUAACUGUUACCGCAGCUAGGUUUCUAAAAAAAUUCACUAUACGUUCACGUGAAUUGUAGGUGGCUGUUAAAAGGUAUAUAAGCCUUUUGCCUUAACGUUUAGGAAGGGAGCCCCCUCCAAGUGCAUGGUGAAUCCAUGUCACUCUGGGCCCCUCCGACAGCUCUAGCUCUAGCCAAAUAAAGCUUCUGCUGACCUGACCCAAAAGUUUGCUGCGUGUGUUUUCCACGACACUGGCCUGGCUCUUUCUGUCCCCCACAAAGGGGGCAUUGGAGGGGCAGAGGGAGGAGCAGUUCUGUGCUUCUCCCGCGUGCAGCCCUGUUGUGUCAGUGGUUCCUUCCAGCCUGUUCUUGGCUGCAGUGGGAGGAACGGGGCUCUGUGAAUGGUUUCUGGAGGUUUAACUGGUGAUGGCAACUCCUGGCCAACUGGGGCUGAGUGCUCUGCAGCUCGGGAUCGUCUGGUGUAAGAGGGAGAACAUGCCAGUCUUCUCUGCCAGCCAGUUCCCCAAUUCCA